AUGGGGGUACAUCCAGCGCUCAGCGAAGAAGCAGCACCUAACGGAGGGGGUGUUAAUGUCGGCCCAGUUACUAAGACUUCGUCACUUGCAUUUCCAGAUCAGCAAUCCAAAUCGCCCACAAACUCCGACCCUGCGCCGCCCUUUUCUUCUUCUUCUUCCAACCAUUCCAGCAAUUCCAACAACUCCAACAAUUCAAAUCAGCCUUCCAUCUGCAAUGCUGACCGUGACGAUUCCUACUCAGAGCCACCUGCUCUAGCCCUGAAAAACUCGGAGAACCCGCCCAAGAAUCAGUUUCGCACCCAUCACAAGAACGCACCCUCGGUCGAAUCUAUCCCGCGCCAGACUCUUAUGAAGGCUCUGGCCUCUGUCGCACGAAAUAAUAAACCAGAGGCUCUAUCACUGAACGGAAUGUUAUCCGCCAGCUCAGCGGUCGAUAAGCGACCUGGCAAUCCGGCUUCGUCCCAACAACUCUCCGAAGCCCUUUCUGAACUUGCCGCCCGCAACAUGACACCGACUACUGCGUUCCCCUCCCUUCAAUCGCCCUGCUUCUACCACAACCGAUUUGACGAUGCAGUUGACAUAGAGAAGGUCCUCGAGGAGAUCAAGAAUGAUGAAUGGAUGUCUCACUCAAGACUUGUGCAGACCGCUACUGGCGUCCGCGAAGUCUCGAAGCAGUUGCAGCGCCGACCCAUCCGCCGGGCUGUGCGCAGCGUCAUGAUUGUUACCAAGGCCCGUGACAAUGAACUGGUUUACCUAACUAGGGAAUUGACCAUGUGGCUGCUCAGAACCCCUCGAUACGGUUCCGACAUUGGCGUCAACGUCUACGUAGAUGCUAAGUUACGCAACUCGAAACGCUUUGGCGCAUCUAGUAUCGUGGACGAGGAUCCCCGUUUUCAAUCCAUGCUUCGCUAUUGGUCUCCAGACCUUUGCUGGAGUUCACCGGAGAAGUUUGAUCUCGUCUUGACACUGGGAGGCGAUGGGACGGUUUUGUUCACCUCUUGGCUUUUCCAACGGAUCGUCCCUCCUGUCCUGUCUUUCAGCUUGGGCAGCCUUGGCUUUUUGACUACUUUCGAGUUUGAGAAGUACAAGCAGCACCUCAACCGAGUUAUGGGCGAGGAAGGCAUGCGCGUGAACCUUCGCAUGAGGUUUACGUGCACCGUCUUCCGAAACGGCGCCUCUGGCCAAGAAAUGGAGGAAGGAGAGCAAUUCGAAGUUCUCAACGAACUUGUCAUCGACCGCGGCCCGUCCCCUUACGUCUCCAACCUAGAGCUCUAUGGCGACAAUGAACUGUUGACCGUAGUGCAAGCCGACGGCUGCAUUUUCUCCACGCCGACUGGAUCUACGGCUUACUCUCUUUCCGCCGGCGGCUCUUUGGUCAGUCCGGAGCUGCCCGCCAUUCUCCUUACUCCCAUUUGCCCGCAUACGUUGUCCUUCCGCCCAAUGGUGCUUAGCGAUACCAUGCUCCUCCGGGUUUCCAUCCCACGCAACUCGCGCGCCACAGCCUACUGUGCGUUCGACGGAAAGGGCAGGGUAGAGCUGAAGCAGGGCGAUUGUGUGACGAUUACCGCAUCUCAGUACCCAUUCCCCACUGUGAUGCGUAAUGGAACCGAAUGGUUUGACAGCGUCUCGCGCACGCUUCAGUGGAACACGCGAGCUGCUACCCAGAAGGGCUUUGAUGGUAAGCCGGCCGGCCCAUCGGGCGACGGAGAGGAGGAGCCGGAAUGGGAUAUCGAUACCGAUUCGGCUUAUUACGCAAGCGAGGAUGGCAGCACCAGUGCGAGUCCCUUACGAAGACAGAUGAGCCUUUUAGGCAUGUAG